UUUACUAGAGGAAACUUUUGAACUGAGCCCCAGAACAAACGUCACUAUGGAUGGAAGCCAAGCCAUCCCAUUCUUCAGCUGCCUGCAGUCUUUGUCCUGUUAUGUUGAUGAACAAACAGCUGUUUUAAAGGAGGAGCUGAAGUUAUCUCCAGGUCAAAAGCCUCAGAACUAUGACAAAGGUCUUAGAACACUCAAGAAAGAUGUUGAGGAUGUAAAGAAGCAGUCUGAAGAAAUGGGGGUCAAUAUAAGAUCAUUCAGGAAUUUCUCAAACUACCUGGAGACUGUACAGGAACAUCUCAUUCAACAAACUUGUGAUAUAGACAAGAUGGAACGUUUUCUUGCAAAGUUUGGUUAUGUUCCUCUCCAACAGCCAUCUAAAGAUCCUCGUCCUAAUAUUGUUGUGACCACAGUGGCAGAGGGGAAGCAGAAUGUACUUGAUGACCAGGAGAAAGGCACUGCUGAAGGACCCUCUGAAGAAGUUACUACUAUUGGUACCUCAGAAGGGACACCAGUAUUGAGCAACACUGGUCUAUUAAUUCUCCAGGGUAAAGACGUGCCCGAGAUCACAGCCACGAAACAAUUACUUAUGAGCACUUCAUCAAGAUGUGGUAAUAUAUAUGAAACACCAGUGGUAAGGAAGACUCAGUCCAAGCAAUUCCAUGAUGAAGAAACAACUUCAGUCUCAGACACUCAGUCUUAUUUGACUGUUGAGCAGUGGUUAACUGGAGUAGAAGAAAACAAUGAUAUGACUCCAAAUUUUGUAACUAUGCACAAGGAGCCCGUGAGGGAGCUAGCACAGCAAGCUAACAAUUACACUAAUGAGUGUGACCAACUAUCAGAUGGUGAGGAAAGCCAGCCAUCUCAGACACCAUUGACAAUACGUCCUUCAAACAGCCGUACACCAGAAGUUGUGACCUCCCAACCUCCUUCAGAUCCCCAGAUUGAAAACAUGCCAAAGAGUGUGAUCAAUAAACCUUCCACACCAAAUGAGCCUUAUCUCUCUGAAUAUACCAUGCAAAUCUUAGCAGCGAUACCAUCCUACUGCAAAGAUAAGCGUGGUACCCAGGAUGCUACUGACCACCUUACAGAUAUUUUACUACAAAAAAACACAUGCACAGUAACACCUGAAGAACCCAGUCUCUCAUGUAGUUCUGUAAAUCCAAAGAUAACUUACACAUCAAAAGAGGUGUUUACUCCAGAAGAACCUGUUCUCUCCUACCAACAGUCUCAUUCCUCCAUUGUGUCAGCUUCUAAGAUGGAGGACAAAACACCAGAAGAGCCAGUUCUUUCCUAUCAUCCCAGCGAAAACGUGGACAGCCACAAAGAGAAUAAGACACCUGAGGAACCUAAGAGAUUUACAUCUUACAAAAGAAGACCUGCAGCAGAACAAGUAAUGGUGAGGACAAACACCCCUCAGCGAGAUCUUGGUGAACUUCCUUGUUCACCUGAACUAUCAGAUAUAACUCAGUCAUUCCUCUCGCUAACUCGUAACUCACUGGCUAAUCCUCAAUCUCUUGCUCCUCGAAGGGAUCUUUAUAACACUAAAAGCACAAAUGAACAACACAAGACUUUGCAGCCAGUACACUCAUUGAGGGUUUAUGAAAAACCAAGGCAUCAUCCAUUAGGGAAAAGUUUCUCAGAUAACUCUUAUGUCAACAAACAGUUUCACCAGGAAGUGAGUCAGAGUGGGAAAGUUGCCUGGCAUCUCCGAGGAAUCCCUAUGGAAGAGUUCGUUGGUGUUGAUGAUGUUCCUCCUUCUCCCCAACUCUCUGACAUCACACAAAAAAUUUUUGGACUGAUGAAAAAGUAGUACAGUAAAUGAAUACACUGUACAAACAAUGUGAAUUCCGUUAUUGCAUUUAGUAGUUUAGGUAAACUGGUAUCUGGUAUUAAUUAUCUAUCUAUUGUACUUCUACAACAAAAUUCCCUAUGUUUAUGAAUAAAUUUACUGUGGGGCAGUUUUAUUUGAUUUCUUCAAAUUUUAACUAUUUAAUGGUUAGUAAGGUUUAGUCAGAGUGAAGGUUAGUAAGGUGAAUUUGUAAAAGAGUUUAUAUGUGUGGUCACAAGAAAGUUUGGACAAAUACUGUAUAGUAUUUAGGAUAUUUUUGUAGCAUAGAACAGGGCUUUGUAGACACUACUGUACAGUUAAACAAUAUUCUGUUCCACAAUUGCAGCUGGGGUACUGUAAUAACAUGGUGUACAUUAUUAGUUCCAUCUAAAUUUCAGUGGUAAUCCUAGUUACAGAGAGUUGGAGGAGGAGGACAAGCAUCACCAAUACCAACGAACUGGUCACUGUGUAAUGUGAAACUUCCACAGCAGCCUGUCUUACCUGUGAGUAUUUCACUUAUAUGGUACUGGUUAGUAUGAUUAAAUAUACAGUAUUAGUUUUUUUAUUAAAACAAAUUCCUUAUUUCAUCAGAUAGGGGGAAAAAUAUUAGUACAAAAUAUUUUAUUAUUGACUGUUCCAUAAAAAUAAAAUUUUCAUAUUG